AUGUCAGGAGCCGUGGAUCCCUACUUUUGGACACACGUCGUCAUGCAGUUCAGUAACUUCGAGCCGGCUGUCAGACACGCCGUCAUUGCCAUCAGUAGUCUCUAUGAAGAGGCCCAGGGCAUCUUUGAAGCUGCUGCCACUGUACGGCACAGCAACCAAAAUUUGGCCCUGCACCACUACAAUGCCGCUAUCCACGAGUUGAGGGCCAUGGACUCUCAGGAAAAGCAGCCCAUCAUCUUACUCGUUUGCGUUCUUUUCAUCUGUGUUGAAAUCAUGCGCGCCAACAGGAAAGCGGCGCUGCAGCACAGCAGGCAUGGUGUCGAGAUAUUGAAGAGCAUCUGCCCCGACUACAUGUUUUCGUGGACAAUGGAGCACCUCUUACCGAUAUUUCGGCGGCUCAGCGAGUUUGCUCUCUUUUUCGGUGACGAAGAAUCGGAUUUCCCUGAUAUCACGGCAUUAGAGGGGCCUAUGCCGCAAUUCUUUCUCACAUUUUCCGACGCGCAGCUGAUGCUCGACGUCCUCUUCAAUCGAACAGCAGAAUUCAUGCGCUCACAACGCAAUACUCAACGAGAGCAGCGAGCCGCUUUACAUCAGCCAAGGUCCGAAGAAACUGGAACAACACCGCCCAGUCUUCUUGCUGAGCACAGUGAGCAGGCCGCCAUUAACAGUCUUCUGGGCCUCUGGCUCAAGCUUUACAAUAAUUUCACGGCCAUCAAACCUAAGGAGGAAACGACUCAAAACAGCCAGAACAUCAAGUCAGAUCGACUCAAGAUGCUGCAUUGCUUUCUUUUGACUCGGUACGAGUGCUGUUGCAUAUGGCUAGACAUGGCAUUCGAUACAAGCGAGGCUGGUUAUGAUAGAUACAUUACCAACUUCCGAAGGAUCCUUAAGCGGCUCCUCUGGCUGGAAGCCGAAGUCCCUGAGCCUUUGCGUUUCAGCACUUCGAACUAUCCGCACUUCAUCUUCGAAGCAGGGUUUGGGGCCAUGCUUUUCUUUCUCGUAUCGGCCUGCCGCGAACUGGAAACCCGACUGGAAUUCUUACGGCUUAUGCCAGUAUUGGGUCUCCCGCGGGAAAAUCUCUGGGAAGCAGAGGUUCUUACCGCAGCCGCAAGAAAGAUAAUUGAGCUCGAGCAUGGCAUCAAGUUGGAUGUGCAUGGCCGGCCUGUAUCUUCGCCAUCGUUCGCACGGCCUCCAGGGGAAAUGAGAGUGACAGACUUGUGGACGGACUCUCCCACAAAGCAGGACAGCCUGGAAAUGGACGACCAGGGGAUUUCCCAUCGAACGAUACAGGUGGUGAGACGAGAUUCAAGGGGCCAGACCUAUCUACAAUCUGAGCAUCUUGUCGUAAAUGGUCGGAUGGCUGGGUAA